AUGCUUCGUCGAAUUCAGAUCAGAUGGAGCGUCAAUAAUCAAUACUUGGGACAGGUGGGAAGAUAUUUUCAUGAUGCUUUCUAUGGAAUCUGGGGUGGUGGAUUGGGUGAGCGUGUGAAACAACUCUUAAAGGAUUGUCCUGAUUGCAAAAUAUGGGUUACUGGGCAUUCGCUUGGCGGUGCGAUGGCGUCAAUAGCAGCUUCCUACCUUGCUUAUUCUGGUGUAGCAAAAGGGCAUGAUAUAAAACUGGUGACAUUUGGUCAACCAAAAACCGGUGAUACUAACUUUGGAAACAAUCUUACCAAAAAGGUACCCUAUUCGUACCGAGUUGUUAACAAUCGCGACCUCGUCGUUCAAGUGCCUCAAUGGUAUGAUCAUCAUAGUAAAGAGCCAACGAAAUAA